GACACGGACUUCAAGAUCUGUAAUUAUCCCAGGGAAAAUGCGGGGGCUUAGACAAUACUCUUUAGCUCUUUUGACUUUUUUUUUUUUUUUUUUUUUGCCUAUUCCUCUAUGGAAUUGGAUAGCUGGUGUGUUUGUGAGUGUGUGUGUGUGUUCUUUCCAAGAGUGCCAAAAUAAAAGUGCUGAAGAGUCCUAGGGAGAUGAGGCUAUUUUUGUUUGAAGCUGAUACUUCUGCUGAGCCACAAGUGCUGCUUGGAAAGGGCUCAGGUUGUUUCCAGGGGAAGAACUCUGCAGAGAAGAGACAAAUUCAACCAGACAACAAAGGAGAAACAGAACCAGCCAGGAAAACGAAGAGCCCUCACUUUUUCCACACAGAAGUCCUGUCAGAGUUCUUGAAUCCUAAAGUAUUCAACGAAGUGCCACUUGACUAGCAUUUUGCACUUUCCUUUUCCUUUCUCCAACCACCAUGACAGAGAUCACCGCUGAAGGAAAUACAUCUACUACUACAACCGUGAUAGACAACAAAAAUGGAUCUGUGCCUGGGAAAGUGCUGAAGAGAACAGUCACAGAGGACUUAGUAACAACCUUCAGCUCCCCAGCAGCUUGGCUUCUGGUCAUUGCUCUGAUAAUCACAUGGUCAGCUGUUGCGGUUGUUAUGUUUGAUUUAGUGGAUUACAAAAACUUUUCAGCAAGCUCUAUUUCCAAGAUUGGCUCAGAUCCUCUAAAACUUGUACAUGAUACUGUGGAGGACACCACUGACUGGAUUUAUGGCUUCUUUUCAUUAUUAUCUGACAUCAUCUCUUCUGAUGGUGAUGAAGAAGAGGAGGAAGAUGGAGAUGACGACACUGAUAAAGGUGAAAUAGAGGAAACUCCCUUGAAAAAAAAAGAAAUACUCAAAGACAAGACUGAAAAAGAGAAACCCGAAAGAAAAAUACAAACUAAAGUUGCACAAAGAGAAAAGGAAAAGGAAAAAGAAAAGGAAAAGGAAAAGGAAAAAGACAAAAUAAAAGAAAAAGGAAAGUCAGAGAAGAAAGCCACUCACAAGGAAAAGAUUGAGAAAAAAGAAAAAGCAGAAGCAAAGACAAUGGCAAAAGAAGAGAAGAAAGCUAAGUCUAAGGAGAAGACUGAAGAAAAAACUAAAAAGGAAGUGAAAGGUGGAAAACAAGAGAAAGUGAAGCAAAUAGCUGCAAAAACAAAAGAAGUACAGAAAACCCCUAAGCCCAAAGAGAAGGGUGGGAAAGAACCUGCAGCUGAGUCCAAGCUUGAACAGAAAGGUAAACAUUCUGAGGAGGAGGCCGGAGUUUCUAAGAGAAUAUUGGGCAAGAAAGAGAUUCACUGAUUAAAAGCUGGACAGACUCAGAUAAGACAUCAAGUGGGAAUAAAAGACUGUAUGUUUGAAUUUACCUGAAAUGCAAUGAAUUGGAAAUUAAAAUUCAUUUAUAGGAAUGCUAAAAUGUGUUCACAUAUUCUAAAUAAUGCCUGUUGAAAAACUUUAGAACUAAAGCUUGAUAUGGGUUUGGAAUAUUUACAGGUUGAGAAUCAAUGAGAGAGUUUUCAAAUAUGGAAUUUCUAUUAAGAAAUCAGAAAACAUAUUAGUACUAUUCUCUGGAAAACCGUAGCUCAGGAAAAAUGACAGUUCUCAAGGAGUUUAUUUUUUAAAGAUGUAUGUCCAAUUUAUAUAGAAUAAAAACACAGAAUCUAUCCAUAUAAGUACAAAGAUUUCACAUUGUGCAUCAAAUUAUAUUCAGCUAAUUAAGUGGUCAGAAAGAAAUAAGGAAAUAAUUCUCUUAUUUCUUUGCUAGUUUCUAGUCAUCAGAUUUUUGCCUUUAAAAGUUCUGUAUCUGACAUAUAAUAUUGCUCUUCAAUGAGAAUGAUGUACACAUUCUGAUUUCACAGGUGUAGAACAUUUAAAUAGAGGUAGGUAGAAUAUAAACAGAAUUUUGUUUUUAUGGAAAGGUGCUACAUAAAUGUGAAAACACAAGAGUUUUACAACAUACCAUAUGGUCUUAUUGCCACCAUCUCUUUCCCUUUUUGAUUCCUUCAUUUCUUAAAGGUCACUCCAGGCUCAGAAUGCCCCAUAAUUCUCAGUGAGACUCUUCACUUAGAAUUUGGGAUCAGACCUGUUUAUCCUGUUCCUAUAAAGAUUUCUUAGGAGUGGUGAAAAAAUUAAAUGUUUCUGUUACUCUGGAAGUUUUUCUUCACAUAUUAAUUUCAGGACUAAAAUUAUAGAAGCAAUUUCUCUGAGAUUUUUAUUUAUUUAUUUAUUUAUUUAUUUGAAUGCUUAUUACUGAGUAAGCUAUUGGGACAGUAAAAAUGAAAGUAAGUUGCCACCACAUCUUAAGUUAAUAAGGUGUAAGAUUUGCGAUACAUUUGUCUUACAGUCCACUCUCAUACUCUGUAUUUGCAUCACUUUUCUCCUGAAUUCACAAGCAAUAAUUGUAACUUUUUAUAUUUAUGAAAUAUAUAUAUAUAUUUAAAAGGAAAUAAAUGAAGGAAAAGAGGAAAUAAAUUUUCCAUUAAACUAUUUUAAUCAGUCAGAUACAGAGGAGAGAGAAAGAGAGAGAGAGCACAAGUAGGACACUGCUCAGCUUUGCCUAAUACUGGUGUUGGAGAUUAAACCUGGGAUCUCAGAGCGUCAAGCAUAAACACUUUUACAUAACCAUUAUUCUAUCUCCCCUGCCCAUAUUUUCCCAUUUUUAACGAUCUGCAAAAUUUCAACUUAUAAAUUUUCAUUUAUUUACAUGUACUUUGUAAAAUACAUUAGUAUAAUUAAGCCUUUGGAGCCAUAGGCCUUACUUUAACAUUUAAGAGAUUGCAUUGCUUUGAAAAAUUAAAAAUAUUAACAUCUACACAUCUACUUUUAUUAAAACAAUUUUAUUAAAAGUUCUUUAGGUAGAAAUUUGUAAACAAAAGAAAACUGCUUUUAAUGCUUAUUUUACUAUGGCAUAGAAAAGAAAAUUAACCUUUGAUUUACUGAUAUUCUUAUCUCAAAUAAUUAUCAGAAACCUUAAAUAAUUAAUAUUUUAUGUUAUUUUAAAAAUGAAAAUGAUCAUGAGACUAGCAGACAUGUACUAAGUAUAUAUUGAAAUUGCAGCUUGUAAAAAUUUAUGUCAGCUAUAUAUAGGAGUACUGAAAUAAUUACCUAGGAACUUGAAACGUGAGUAUAAUUUUUCAUGUUCAGUAUUAGUAGCUUAGGCUUUAUAGCAGUCAUAAUUUAUUGAUAAAAAUGCAUCACCUAAACAUUUUCAUAUAGUUUCUAUUUGCAGGCCACAUAUAUUGUAUUUUACUCCUAUUAAACUGAGACUUUUUAGUGAUAGCACUAUCUUAGUUCUUCCUAUUAUCAAUAUACCAUGUUCCUUUUCACAUAGUUAUUUAUCUAUUAAAAGAACAAUUAAAUAUGCCAUAGAUGUAGAAAUGAAUGUACAUUGAGAUUUUUGCCACUAAACAAAUGCAUUUUCUACAACAAGUAUCCUUUUUGACAAUACCCACCAUAAACUAGAUAAAUUAUUACUAGGUAAGUUAUCUAUCUUCAUCUUUAAUAGCUAGUCAGAUUCAUAAAUACUAUUUUAAGCAAACAUUGAAGAGCAUUUGUAUAUGAAACCGUAGUUAUAUUGUGGUUGUAACGACAUAUUGCUAGUAAAAGGUUUCUUAGAUUAAUAAAUUUGAACCUGUAGUAUAAGUUUCUGAUUAGUUCUUAUAGUUAUAAAAAUAAUAUGUAUCUUACUAAUUUGGAAACAGAUUUUUACAUGGAACACAUACAUUAUUAGAAGUUAUUAUAUUAUAUGUUAUCCAUUCAGAUAUCUUAGAAUGCAGUUACUUUGAAUACAGUAUGUAUAAACAAUACAUUGCAUUUGAGACAUUUCAAAGAUGCAUAAAUAUGGACACUUGCAUCAAUAAUUUGUACACAUACACAUAUAACUUAGGGUUUGUGGACAAUUCUAUAAAUCUGUUUAAAGUAGAUUAAGAAGCAUGGACAUUGUUCUUUGGAUUUUGUAAUGUUCUCUGGCAAACCUUAAGAAAUAAAGGAAUCUCUCAGCUGUUA